GGUGGUAUUUAAAGGGAAAAGCUGACAGUGCUGCUGAGUGAGGGAGCGGGUGCUGCAAGCUGCUGGGCUGCAUUUGCACGCACACACGCGCAUGUACACGGACCCCGAUACCGACAUGGACAUGGAUACAGAAAACACAGCACUUUGUCCCUCCGACAGCUGCCAGGCCUCCCCAUCAGGGACACCUACACCAGAAACAGAUGCCACACUUCUGAAGAAGCCAGAGAAACUGUUGGCAGGGUUGGACCAGAGUGGGCCACCCCCUGUCCCUGGGGUCCCCAGACGAAGAGGCAGUAUGCCUGUGCCUUACAAGCACCAGCUAUGUAGGGCACAGGCUGUAGAUGAACUUGACUGGCCGCCUCAGGCCUCAUCUUCUGGUUCCUCUGACUCCUUGGGCUCAGGAGAGGCAGCCCCUGCCCAAAAGGAUGGCAUCUUCAAGGUCAUGCUAGUAGGGGAGAGUGGCGUAGGCAAAAGCACCCUUGCAGGCACUUUCGGUGGUCUCCAGGGAGACAGUGCUCAUGAGCCGGAGAAUGCAGAGGACACCUAUGAGAGACGAAUUAUGGUGGAUAAGGAGGAAGUAACUUUAGUUGUUUAUGACAUCUGGGAACAGGGAGAUGCUGGGGGGUGGCUGCGGGACCACUGCCUUCAGACGGGGGACGCCUUUCUCAUCGUCUUCUCAGUCACGGAUAGACGAAGCUUCUCCAAAGUUCCAGAGACCUUACUUCGGCUCCGAGCUGGGAGGCCCCAUCACGACCUACCUGUCAUCCUGGUUGGAAACAAGAGUGACCUGGCCCGCUCCAGGGAGGUAUCACUGGAGGAGGGGCGCCACCUGGCCGGAACGCUGAGCUGCAAGCACAUCGAGACGUCGGCAGCGCUUCACCAUAACACGCGGGAGCUCUUCGAGGGCGCCGUACGCCAGAUCCGGCUGCGGAGGGGCCACGGUCGCACAGGAGGCCGGCGGCACGAGUCGGGCAGCCCUGAAGGCCCCGCGCCGUCUGCGCGCCGCGAGAGCCUCACCAAGAAGGCCAAGCGCUUCCUGGCCAACCUAGUGCCGCGCAACGCUAAGUUCUUCAAGCAGCGGUCCAGGUCAUGUCACGACCUUUCUGUGCUCUGAGCCAAGGUCUCCACAGCCGCUGCGGUCGCCAUGGCCACGGCGCCCUCCGCUCGCCCCCUCGCCCCGCCCCCGUCCGGCUUCCUUUGUGGAAGCCGUCUAGGAAACCAAAAAUUCCCAGGAUGCCCUGGUGUGACCACGGGGGAAGGGCCGGUGGGCGUCAUCUCCACCCAGCUGCAGGUACCGUGCGUUCGCGGGGCAGCUCGCCUUCUAGCGCCGGACGCAGACCACGAGCCGAAGGACUCUCCCGCUACGGCCGCGGGCGGGGCGGGUUUGGGAGGGUCAAGAAAGAAAACAGUCCUGCAAGGUAUUUUGCUUUUAUUAAGUCGCGCGUGGCCACCUCUUCUGUAGAGAUUCUAGACAAGAGAACUGGAAAAGUGUUUUGUAGACUCCUAGACGGAGUUGGACCUCCUUUGUAUGCUGAACAUGCUUCACCUUUAAGAGUCUUAAAGACUGGAAGAGGCCCUUUUCUAGAGACUUCCGAAAAAAUGUUCUGGCUUUUAUCUGCCAUACUGGUGCACAUUGCCCUUAAGAAGUUCUUAAAGGCAAGGGCCUGGAAGUGCUAUUCUCGAUAGUUGAUUCGGUGAUUUACCAUUGCCACCGAGGCACUUCACCUUUAAGAUUCUUAAAGGUAAAGUGUGGACAGAUUUUCUUCUGCCUUCAGAUCCCGGAAUGAAAAAGCUGUGGCAACCCCUUUGGCCAGCCUGGCCGAGGAGGCACUAGAAAAAGGCCACCCUUUCCCUUUUCAAUAAAGGAAUUUUGUAUUGCA